CGGAAGCGGACGCGGCCCGGGUCGGCUGGUUUCCAGCCAUGGACGAAGCCGACCGGCAGGUCCUGCGGCGGUGCCGGCUGCGGCUGGUCCGCGAGCUGCAGGUGGACUCGCUCUGGGACCACCUGCUGGACCGCGAGCUCUUCACGCGGGACAUGGUCGAGGACAUUCAGCAUGCAGGUUCUGGGUCACGGUGCGAUCAGGCCAGACAGCUGAUCACAGAUCUAGAGACCCGAGGGAGGCAGGCCCUUCCUUUGUUCAUCUCCUGCCUGGAGGACACAGGCCAGGAUGCCCUGGCUUCAUUUGUGAGAACAAGCCUCCAACCAGCAAAGCGGGGUCCGGUGGUCAUCGAACCCCUGGAGUUGGUGCCUGCAGUGCUCCCACCAAGGGACCUUAAACCACUUGUGCCCAGGCCAGCAGACAUUAGUUCUGGAGGAUUCACUGAUGUCCGUGUCCUGGAGACAUCAAAGAGAAAUGCCGAUUUGGCGUAUGUCCUGAAGGCUGACCCCUGCGGCCACUGCCUCAUCAUCAACAACGUGACGUUCUGUCCCAAGUCGACGCUCAGCACCCGCACCGGCUCCAACAUCGACUGUGAGAAGUUGCAGAGGCGCUUCGGCCUGCUGCACUUCAUGGUGGAGGUGAAGAGAGACCUCACUGCCCAGGAAAUGAACCGGGCUCUGGUCGAGCUGGCGAAGCAGGACCACAGCGCUCUGGACUGCUGCGUGGUGGUCAUCCUCUCUCACGGCUGCGAGAGCAGAAAGACCAUGGGUUUUCAGUGGCCUCCGCUCCCCACGAAGACAGGGCCCCUGACAUUGACUCCGAGUCGGACGCUGCUCCGUUCCAGGAUGGCCUGGAGACUUUCGACCAGACGGAUGCCGUGGCCAGUUUACCUACCCCCAGUGACAUCUUCGUGUCCUACUCCACCUUCCCAGGUUUUGUCUCCUGGAGGGACCUCAACAGCGGCUCCUGGUACGUGGAGACCCUGGACCAUGUCUUGGAGCAGUGGGCUCACUCUGAAGACCUGCAGACCCUCCUGCUCAGGGUCGCUGAUGCUGUUUCAGAGAGAGGGGUUUUCAAGCAGAUGCCUGGGUACUUUAAUUUCCUGCGCAAAAAACUAUUCUUUAAAACGACACAUACAAGGAGAGAAUCAGGUUAACCGGGCAGAGCAGAGCAGCUUGGCUGUUUCCUGGCUCCCUGCCUCCAGCUCCGCGCUGCAAACUUGAACUAGCCGUGGUCUGCCGAAGCAGCUCUCACCCCGGGAGUUCGGACUGCUUGGGAGGAAAGGAUGUUAUCAUGGCUUUGCAGUGACCUGCUCGGGGCUUCCUGUGAAGAGGGGACGUAGCCUGGAGUUCUAGCUUGGGAGGAGAGGCGUGCUGUGAACUCCAAUAAAUUAUAUGCCAAAUGUGUGAAUGGCCAGGUUUUUAGAUUUUGUUUCUCGAAGAGAUUGAGAGGUCUGAAAGUGUGACCACCAUGGUUGUUUGCAAGACUCUGUUAAGCAUUGUGUGUGUGUGUGGGGGGGCUGUGACCUGUUUUCAGCUGCAUCUAGCAAUGUUUAGAAACACUAAAAUCUGCCCACCCCAUGAUGCUCCUGCAUCUUUCUAGCACAAAUACUUAGGCCGAUGUGCAAGAAUGUACAUCCAUUCCGUUCAUAGCCACAACUGGAUAGUGGAAAACAGGAAGCAGAUGAGAGGUUCUGUCUUUAUGUUGGUGCUACAAAAUAUUACUGAGCUGCUCAAAAGAAUGACAAAGGUACAUGGACACAGUGUAAACUGUGAUUAGGUGUUAGGUGAAAAAAUUGAGUUACAGAGCAGGAUGAAGCGUGACAUCUCACGUUUGUCUGGAAGACAGUGUCUGUGGAUGUCCACAGAUAGGUAUUUCGUAUGUGCACAUCGGUCAAGUCAGAAGACCACACACACCACACUGUUAACCAUGAUUAUCUCUGGGGGGGGUGGAACUGGAGAUAUGAAAUGAGGGAGAGCUUGUACUUUUUCUUGUUACACUCCUCUGUUCUUUUAAUAUUUUCACAAAGUAUGCACGACUUUUUAAAAUAAAAGCUGGCGAAUGUUGGUGAGUCAUGUGUUGCUGUCUUUCAAAGAACAUUUGUUGAUGGGAUGAGUGUCCUUGGCCACCUGUCUCCUCCUGUCACUUGCUACUCGUGCCUUUUAUUCAGAGCGUCCUGACCUUGGCUUAUCACCCGUCUAGCUUUGUCCCGGCAGGUGCUCCCAAGUGCCUGCAUGUGGCUCCAGGCUGCACACAGCGUGCCCUGGGCUGUGACCACUGCAAGGUUUCACCAGCCCCUCUGCAGCUGCCGGGACAGCCUCCCCUGGGGGACAGCUGGUGGCUUGGCUUGGCCACUCCUGGGGCCCGUGACGGGGCAUAUGUGACUGCACUGGCUGCAGUCCCGGGGAACACAGGGCCUCAGCCCAGCUGCCUCGCCAUGUUUAUUUCCCAGCUCGAUCCUCCUGACAUCUGGCCUGCCUGUCGGCUGCGCCCUGCUCUGUGGCCUUGUGACUGUGCCUGGGAGCAGCUGAGGCUGGCACAGAACAUCAGGACAACUGCCCUGGGCUCUGCUUUGGGCCCCUAGGUGCUGCCAGGACCAGCUGCCCCGCGAUUCAUACAGCAACAGAGGCUGGACAGGGACCCUCGGAUUGUCUGGGAAAAGACCUUGAAGUGUCCUUCCAUCCAGUCUUAAACGAGGCUCCUUUGAAGUGCUGUUGGCACCUCAAAGUUGGACUCAGAUUUUCCUCUGUCAAAUGGACUCUCAGCUUUUCUCCGAUUUACCAAAACAAAACCAAAACCAAAUCCAAAGCCUUUUAGCGAAUGGUCACUCUUUUCCUGAUUUUUUGCUU